AUGUCUUCAGUUCACCGGACCCAGAUUGCGGGUAAUGUCAACCCUCAGUCAACCCUGCUCACAGAAGCUAGUCAAGGUCCUCACCAAGCUCUCGCUGACCCCAUGUUCACAACGGUUGUACAUGUAGAUAAACUCAAAAGGACUUUGCCACUAUCACGCUUGAAGAAAGUUGAUGAUGAGCACUACUGUUGCCCCCAGUCUGAGAAGAUGGACGUACCUCCUACCCGCCCUAUAGGUGCUCCGAUUGCUCCAUGUGUUAUCUCCACUACAGUUCAUGUGUUGGAUUUUGUGAUACGGACACUCGAUAGUCUUUGUGAACAGUGGGCGAAGAGAAUCCAGUUUGACAGUUGUGUACUCUGCCCAAGGUGUAGAAAGAGGAAACUUCGCCUCCAAGAAUGUUUCAAACAGAAGUCACUCCAAUGCGGAAGUCAUCUAGUCUCCACAUCUGUAGUCAAGGCAAACUUUGGUAUUACUGAAGAAUCAGGGAGUGAACGUGUGAUGAUGUCUAGAAGAUCAACUUGUGAAGAGACCGGUGUACUAUGCAACCGUUACUUCUGUGAUCUAGCGGAGAAGAUAGGAUCGGAAUGGCGUCUCCUUGGUAUCAGGCUUGGAUUAAACCAAGCAGACAUUGAUCAUAUCACGACGGACAAUGCACCGGCAGUGGAUCGUAAUUUUGCCAUGCUAAGGCUGUGGAAGCAACGGUCAUCUUGUAAGGGGAAUAGGAAAGAGAUGGUGGAGGAUCUUUGUGGUGCACUAAAAAGCUCAAGCAGGACAGAUCUUGCAGAUGAAAUAAGAGAAGCCGCAGGACUAAGUUAACUAAUAUUUGGACACAGCCAUGACAGCGAUAUGGAUAUACAUUGUAAAUAACUUUUGGCUUUGCGAAAAUUUGGUUGCGGAGUACGAUAUGUGACGGCCAAUGAAAGUUUUGUAUUGAUUUUCAAUAAAGUUUGUUUUUCCGUUUCAUUCGUUAUAGGUGAGGAGUAAUGCCUUUAAGUACACAUCCAGUCAUAAAAUAGUCUUUUGAAAUGAUAUUAUCCGUUAGAAAUGAUAAAAUUUGACAAAAUUUAUAAUAUCCACGAGUGUAAUGAUGACAUCUAGUAGAAAUGAUAACAUUUAGAAGUCAAUGAUAACUCUAACUUAGACCUUAUACUCUGUAUUAUAGCUUCAUUUCUUGUAUAGUUUGUCCAUGAUUGACAAGCUAGUAUAUGAGGUUAUUCUCUAAUAAGUAUUUUGCUUCUGUAUGUAAAAUAGUUUGUAAUGUAUCAUCUUCUGAUUAUUACUAAUUCGUAUUUUAUCAAUUGUGCAUCCUUCUCUCUAUCUGUUACGUAAAAAUACAUGUAAAUGGAUUAAUUAAUCCCAAAAUUUUUCCUACGCUGUAUAUAUUAUAUUUCCAAAUUAAUAUAAAACAUUUGGCAGCAUAUCCAAGUUCUUUCCAAGUAUUGAAAAUCAGGUUAUUUGUCUCCAUCUGUUUCAAUGCAUUGUUUAUAACAUCUUUUUAGUGUCUUUUUUUACAUAGCUAUGGGGAUGUAUAGUCUUAUUU